AUGGGGGUGGGGGUGGACUUCACGCCCCAAGUGCCACCUCAGCCAAUGAGCAAGCUACCCAACCUCACCCAUCUCCAGGGUCUCAUCCAAGCUUCAGACCCCGGAUCCCAGGUGGAAUUUGUGGGCCCUCGAAGCCUCCCACCCUGGCCUCCCAGCCUCCCUGCAGGUGGAGGAAUUCACAGCAGCCUGUUGGUGUGUGGUGCUUUGGCCACACGGUGGCGCGCCACGCCCAACAAUCGCUCUGGUCCCCUGCGUCUCACUGAAGAUUUGCAAUUCAGACUGAAAGGAAGUGCCUGCCCGCUCGGUCUUGGAAUCCGCAUUGUCAGUGAGCACCUGGCCAUUGGUGAUGGUGGAGGCGAGCUGGGAUCAUUAGCUGGUUGCCACGCUGGAGCCAGGCAUCACAGAGACAUACCCUAUGAUCCAAUUUACACGAAGUUCAAGAGCAAGCAAAGUCAUGUUCAGGGCUCUGGGAAUGCUCUGGGGCAAGAGCCUUAUGACCUGGCUGGCCAGGGGCAGAGCUGCUGCCCCCAGCCCCUACUCUCCCCAGGUGCUCAUCAUGGGACAUCACGCAGGCAGGAAGCCAGCAUGGGACCUGCCUCCCCAGUGCUCUGCAGGGCUCUGCUGCACCGGGCACUGGGGUCUCUCCUCUGGCAGAAUAGUGCCACUGUUGUGUUGUAUGGAUUUAUCAACACCUGUCUGCAAUCUCUUGUGAUAGAGAAAUUUGGUGAAGAAACCUGGGAAAAAUUGAAAGCUUCUGCAGAAAUACAGGAUGCCUUCAUGACUUACACAGUGUAUGAUGACAUCAUUACCAUUAAGCUCAUCCGAGAGGCCUGCAAGGUUCUAGGUGUCUCCAUGGAAACCAUUCUGAAACUCUUUGGAGAAUAUUUCUUUAAGUUCUGUAAGAUGUCCGGCUAUGACAGGAUGCUACGGACACUGGGAGGAAGUCUCACGGAGUUUAUUGAAAACCUAGAUGCCCUCCACAGUUACCUCGCACUGUCUUAUCAGGAGAUGAACGCACCAUCAUUUCGAGUGGAGAGAGGAGCAGACGGGAAAAUACUUCUCCAUUACUACUCGGAUAGAAGCGGCCUGUGCCACAUUGUACCAGGUAUCAUUGAGGCUGUGGCCAAGGACUUCUUUGACACUGAUGUGACCAUGGAUAUCCUUGACAUGAAUGAAGAAAUGGAGAGGACAGGGAAGAAGGAGCACGUUGUGUUUCUGAUUGUGCAAAAGGCUCGCAGGGCAAAGCCAUACAAGUCGCAAGACAGUCAGGACAUUCAGAGAGACCAAGAGGCCCCCCAGGCAGCUUUCCUUAGGACAAAGGAGAAAUAUUUGAGUGUCUCUGCUUGUCCUGUGAAGAAGUCCCACUGGGAUAUUGUGAGAAGUAUAGUCAUGUUUGGAAAAGGGCAUCUCAUGAACACCUUCGAGCCAGUUUAUCCUGAGAGGCUCUGGAUUGAAGAGAAGACGUUCUGCAAUGCGUUUCCUUUCCACAUUGUAUUUGAUGAAUCACUGAGGGUCAAGCAAGCCGGAGUGAACAUUCAGAAGUAUGUCCCAGGACUCCAAACCCAGAAGAUUCGAUUAGAUGAAUGUUUCUCCAUCAUUCAUCCUCAAGUUACCUUCGACAUUUUCAGCAUCUGCAAAUUUAUCAACAGUCCAUUUGUCCUGAAGACACGAAGGGAAAUGCUGCCUGAAGCAUGGAAAAGCCAGCCCACCCUCAAACUCCGAGGCCAGAUGAUCUGGAUGGAGUCCAUGCGCUGCAUGAUGUACCUGUGCUCUCCGAAGCUCCGCAGCCUGCAAGAGCUGGAGGAGCACGACAUGCAUCUGUCUGACAUCGCCCCCCACGACACCACCAGGGAUCUCAUCCUCCUGAACCAGCAGCGGCUGGCAGAGAUCGAGCUGUCCAACCAGCUGGAGACGAAGAAGGAGGAGCUGCGCAUGCUCUCCAAGCACCUGGCCGCGGAGAAGAAGAAAACGGAGACGUUGCUUUAUGCCAUGCUGCCCGAGCACGUGGCCAACCAGCUGAAGGAGGGCCAAAAGGUGGCUGCAGGAGAAUUUAAAACCUGCACAAUCCUUUUUAGCGACGUGGUGACAUUUACUAACAUCUGUGCUGCUUGUGAACCUAUCCAAAUAGUGAAUAUGCUCAAUUCAAUGUACUCCAAGUUUGACAGAUUAACCAGUGUCCACGAGGUCUACAAAGUAGAAACAAUAGGAGAUGCUUAUAUGGUGGUAGGCGGUGUCCCAGUGCCUGCUGUGAGCCAUGCUCAAAGAGUGGCCAAUUUUGCCUUGGGGAUGAGGAUUUCUGCAAAAGAAGUGAUGAAUCCUGUUACCGGAGAACCCAUCCAGAUAAGAGUGGGGAUCCAUACUGGACCAGUCUUAGCUGGUGUCGUGGGAGACAAGAUGCCACGGUACUGCUUGUUUGGCGACACUGUGAACACAGCCUCUAGGAUGGAAAGUCAUGGGCUUCCCGACAAAGUGCAUCUCAGCCCCACAGCUUACAGAGCCCUGGAAAAUCAAGGGUUUGACAUCACCGAGCGGGGUGAGAUUGAAGUGAAAGGCAAAGGCAAGAUGACCACAUACUUCCUGAUCUGUAACUUGAAUGCCACAGAGGAGGAAAUCAUGGGGAGACCUACAACUUCCCUUGAUCGCAAGGACACAAGUGCCCAGGCAAACCAAGACAGGAGCACUGUCACCGUGAUGAGGUACGCAGACAGUCGGCAGCAGCUCCCCUGCAGUGACGCAGCCAAUGCUUCUGACAAAUCCACACCUGCGGGGAAUCCAGUGGCAGGACGGGGCUCUGUGAAGGCAGCUGACCGACUGCAGUCCUCAGACCAGACAAAGACCCAUCACUCUCCUAAUGUCACCGUGCCUGUGCCAUCUGGAGUGAAUGGCUUUGUGCUCUCAUCACUGGGGGUCUGCCAAACCUUUGCUUCUGAACAAGAGCCCCAGUGGCCGACUUCGGAGAACACCUUGACCUUGGAGACUCCCCUGUGCACUGCCUUGUUGUUCAUUUUACCCUGUAACCCUGCCUCACCCAAGGCCCCUCCAGCUCCCCGCACCUCAGGGCACCUGAUCAGGGGCAUUGCAGACAAGAAUGCAGCAGAUGGCUGGUCCGCAGGCCAAGGACUGGCAAACUCACUGGCCUCCAGCCCAUGGUGUCAGGCCACCAUUGUUAUCAUUGGAGGCUCCAGUUGGUGUGAGGGGAAGGGGGGAGGCGAGCAGCCUGACGUCCUUCUGACAGAGCAGCUUCAUGUCUGCAUUCAGCCUUAUCUACCAUCAGCGGUAUCUGUAGAUUUUAGUGGUAUCUACGAUCAGUGGUUUCGAUCUAGGAACUCAUGCUGA